AUGAUCAUAUCUUGGAUCUUGAAUUCCCUUGACCAUGACAUAGCUGAUAGCGUCAUCUACUCUGACACUGCUCACGAUAUAUGGGAAGAUUUGAAGGAGUGUCUCUCUCAAAGCAACGUUCCUCGAAUUUUCCAGAUCGAACGUGACAUUGCCUCCCUUACUCAAGAUCAAAUGUCAGUUGCUGCUUAUUACACAAGACUUAAGGGACUAUGGGAUGAGUUGGCAUCAUACAGUGAUGUACCGACUUGUACCUGUGGUGCCAUGAAAGAUCACGCCGAUGAGAGGAAUAGAGUGAUGCAAUUUCUUAUGGGUCUGAAUGAUUCAUAUGAUGCUGCUCGUGGACAGAUUAUUCUUAUGCAGCCACUACCAUCCAUACCCAACAUCUAUUCCUUAAUUUCCCAAAAGGAGAAGCAACGACAACUGGGGACUCCUCGUACUACCUUGGAACCUGUUGCAAUAGUUGUUUGCCAACACCGGGGAUCUUAA